AUGGCUGAGGUUACAACAAGUUGUUUUAGCAGAGUAGCACUACUCAUCCUAUAUAUCCUACACCAAUCAUGUGUUGCUAAGAGUACAUUAAUUUUCAAUGUCCUAAGCUUUGGAGCCAAGCCUAACGGUGUAAUAGAUUCUACACAAGCUUUUCUAGAUGUAUGGACUGCAGCAUGUGCCUCCUCUGAUUCCACUACUAUACGUGUACCACAAGGGAGGUAUUUGCUUCGCAAUGCUAUGGUUUUCAAAGGUGAUAACUGCAAAAGCACAGAUAUUACUUUUCGAAUUGAUGGAACAUUGAUAGCUUCGUCUAAUUACCGAGUCCUUGGCCAAGCUAACAACUGGCUAAGCUUCGAAGGAGUUACUGGUGUGUCCAUUAUCGGAGGUGCCCUUGACGCUAAAGGUACCUCCUUGUGGGCAUGCAAGUUAGCUGGAAGCACUGAUUGCCCCAACGGAGGAGCCACGAGUCUGAGUUUUACAAACUCCAAAAACAUUAACAUCAAUGGACUAAUGUCAUUGAACAGCCAGAUGUUCCACAUUGUGAUAAACGGCUGCCAAGAUGUUCGCAUCCAAGGGGUCAAAGUCAAUGCAGCUGGAAAUAGCCCAAACACUGAUGGCAUCCAUGUCCAAUUGUCAAGAAAUGUUGCAAUCUUCAACACCUCUAUCAAAACUGGAGAUGAUUGUGUCUCGAUUGGCCCCGGAACAAAGGACUUGUGGAUCGAGCAAAUAACUUGUGGUCCUGGCCAUGGCAUUAGCAUAGGGAGUUUAGCCAAAGACUUGGAAGAGGAAGGGGUCCAAAAUGUGACAGUUAAAAAUGCACUUUUCAAGGGCACUCAAAAUGGUUUGAGGAUUAAGUCUUGGGCGAGGCCGAGCAACGGAUUUGUUCAAGGUGUUCAAUUUCUUGAUGUCGUCAUGUUUAAUGUCCAAAAUCCUAUUGUAAUAGACCAAAACUAUUGCCCACACAACAUCAACUGCCCUGCUCAGGUAUCAGGUGUGAAAGUCAGUGAUGUCGUGUAUCGGAACAUUCAAGGAACAUCGGCUACGGCCAUCGCAAUAAAAUUUGAUUGUAGCUCAACAAAUCCAUGUAGUGGGAUAAGACUCGAAAACGUGAGUUUGACCUGCAGGAAUCAAGAGGUUCUGUCACUUUGUGCCAAUGCAAAUGGAAAGAUUGUUGGCACUGUUCAACCAAACAAUUGUUUGUAAUACUGAAGAUGAGAUUAGGUAUGAAAUACAUGUACAUAGUCCAGACAAAUAAUUCUAGCGAGUAAAGGUGCAUUAAUAUUCUUUUUGUUGUAUGCCUUCUAUAAAUAUUGCCACUAAGAGCCUGUACAUAAAUAUCAUUCUUUUUACACAUUAGUAAGUUAAUAAUAACUCAAUUAUACUCCUCUGAA